CGUUCGCAUGACGCAUACCGCGCGCCGUCGCCGUUGUCGUCUGUCGUCGUUGUUGUUCGCCAAUCCGUUCGGUCGACAGUCGUUCGGUUUCGUCAUAAUAACUCACACUCACCUACACACGUCCGCGGGUCGACGACGACAGUGCCUUUUACCCGCCGGCCGCCGCCGAUAUUUAAAAAAAAAAAAAUAAUUAUUAUUAUUAUUAUAAUAUUACCACGAUUACAACGACUGUACCACGGUCGGCGUGUUCCGUUAUCGUCGGGUGUCCAGUCCUCGGCGUGCGUGUGUGUUGCGCGUGUGAUGGCAUUGUGUGUUGUUUGUCAGUGACCGUGUCACGUUACUCCUUUACUAGUUUGUGACUAUAUAAGUUAUUAUAAGGUGUUAUGCGGGUCGGUUUUUAAUUUUAAAUUUUUUUUCGCCGUUUCCGUCGGGUCGGUUGUAACUCCAGGAUAAGAGAGAGUGAGUGACAGUCAGACGAAAUAAUAUUAAUAAUUAAAAACACCAACAUAAAAUUAAAAAAAAAGAAACGAAUUUCAUUCGAAUUUAAUACGUAUACACCGCGGCGGACAUAGAAGCCGCACGAAACGUGCGAUGACGGCACCGACGUGGGAAACGUCGUGGUCAUCGUGGUCGUGGUCGUCGAUGUCGAUGUCGAUGUCGAUGCCGCCACCGACGCCACUGCAGUCACAGUCACCGCUGCCGCCGUCACCGGCUAGACGACCGGUUUGAACCAGUUUGACGGCGCGUGAAAACUAAAAUUGUUGUUACAAUCGCCCGGCCGUCAAGUUCGGCACUGAGCACGCGAGAUGGCUCCUUUGGACGUGCCCCGGGCACUGCUGGACGGCGAAAAAGUGGUGAAAUGGGACGACGAAAGUGGAAUUGGGUUACCGGUUACUAUCAAAGUAGACGAACGAGGAUUUUUCUUGUAUUGGAUGGACCAGAAAAAAGAUUGUGAAGUGAUUGACAUGUCGACGAUACGGGAUACUAGGACAGGAAAAUACGCCAGAGUCCCAAAAGACGCGAAAUUGAGAAGUGUCGUGUGUAUGGGGUCCCAAGAGCCAUUGGGCGAUAAAACGAUUACCGUCGUCGUGGCCACGGAUUUUGUGAACGUGUCGUUCAUUAAUUUCUGUUGCAAUAAAAAKCAAACGGCUCAAGUAUGGACAGACAGUCUUUUGAAGCUUGCUCUGAAUUUGGUGCAGCUAAAUUGGUCUCCAAUAGCGUUCUUACACAAAACGCAUACCAAACUGAAUUUAUUAGUAGACAAGAAUGGAAAAAUUCCAAUAAAAAAUAUUCUCAAGACGUUUGCGCAGAACAAAGACGAUAGAAAAAAAGUCGAAAAAGCCUUGGAGUCAUCUGGAUUACCGUCGAAUAAAAAUGAUUUCGUUAGUCCGGUAAAGUUUAUAUUUGAAGAUUUCUUCACUUUUUACAAAAAUCUUACGGCUCGACCCGAAGUUGCACAAUUAUUUGAUGACGUAUGUUGUAAUGAGCGUGGAGCUUCGGGUAAGAAAAAACUUAUGACAGUUGAUCAGUUUGUCGAUUUCUUGAAUCGCACUCAAAGAGAUCCUCGUUUAAAUGAAAUACUCCAUCCAUAUGCCAAUUCAGAUAGAGCAAAAGAUCUAAUUCGUGAAUUUGAACCUAACAAGCAAAGCGCUCAACGAGGCUUGUUGAGUUUUGACGGCUUUCUCAAGUAUCUGAUGAGUGCCGAUAACCCUAUAGUGUCUUCUACUACUUUGGAAUUAAAUAACGACAUGGAUCAGCCGCUAUCGCAUUAUUUCAUCAAUUCGUCACAUAACACUUACUUGACUGGUCACCAGUUGACUGGUAAGUCGUCCGUGGAAAUUUACAGACAGUGCCUACUGUCUGGAUGUCGAUGUGUCGAAUUAGAUUUGUGGAAUGGAAAGACAAAUGAACCGGUGAUCCUGCACGGAUACACGUUUGUACCUGAAGUGUCGGCUCGAGAAGUAAUAGAAGCAAUUGCCGAGUCGGCUUUCAAAUCUUCCGAUUACCCAGUAAUAUUAUCAUUUGAAAACCACUGCAACACUAAACAACAAGCAAAAAUUGCCCAAUACUGUCAUGAUUAUUUCGGCGACAUGUUGUUGUAUGAACCGUUGAACAGCCAUAAACUUGAGCCCGGCGUAUCAUUACCACCUCCUUCAAUGUUGAAAAACAAAAUAAUUAUAAAAAAUAAGAAAAAACAUCACCAUCAUCAUAAAAAGCCUACCACUAGUGUAGUGUUGGAGCCUGCUACAGCUGCCACUUUGGUGUUAGGCAAUGGAGAUUUACCUCGAGGACCAAUUCGACAAUCCAGCAAGGACAGUAAUCAAGACGAAGAUGAAGAUGAUGAUGACAGCAGUAGUGAUACCGAUGGAGAAGAAGAAGACGUAGAUAGAACUGUUGAUUUAAAACAUGUUUUACAAGGUAAGCCUUUGGUCGAUAAGGUAUCCAACACCAAAGAGACUGAAGCUGGUACGGAAAUUUCAGUUCUCGUCAAUUAUUGCCAAUCAGUGCAAUUCACCUCUUUUGAAAACGCAGAAAAAAAAAACCGCCACUACGAGAUGUCAUCGUUUGACGAGAAACAAGCAAUGACGUUACUGAAAGAACGACCAAUGGAGUUUGUCAAGUAUAACAAAAAUCAAUUGAGCCGAGUGUAUCCGGCCGGGACACGUUUCGACUCGUCCAACUUUAUGCCACAAGUGUUUUGGAACGCAGGAUGUCAGCUAGUCGCUUUGAAUUAUCAAACCAUGGACGUGGCGAUGCAGCUAAAUUUAGGGAUAUUCGAGUAUAACAUGCGCAGCGGUUAUUUGUUGAAACCGGAGUUUAUGAGGCGUGCCGACCGUACGUUUGACCCGUUUGCCGAAUCUACUGUGGACGGAAUCAUUGCUGGUACACUGACCGUCGACGUAAUAUCCGGUCAAUUGCUUACCGACAAGCGCGUCGGUACUUAUGUAGACAUCGAGAUGUAUGGUUUGCCGGCGGACACGGUCAGGAAAAAAUUUCGUACUCGGACUGUACCGUACAACGGCAUUAACCCGGUGUACGGUGACGAACCAUUUGUGUUCAAAAAAGUGGUCCUCCCUCAACUYGCAUCUUUGCGUCUAGCUGUUUUCGAGGAGUCCGGAAAGUUGAUCGGGCAUCGUGUCAUUCCAGUAGUUGGCCUCUGCCCGGGAUAUAGACACGUCGUAUUACGUAACGAAAUGGGUCAGCCCCUGCCUUGUGGGACUUUGUUCUUAAAAAUCACCGUAAAAGACUAUAUUCCGGAUGAUUUAUCGGAUUUUGCCGAGGCUCUAGCUAAUCCCAUAAAAUUCCAAUCCGAUCUAGAUAAACGCACCAAGCAAUUAGCUGUCUUCGCGGACGAACUGGACCAAUCCGUCGACGAAGCGAGUGUCAUACCGGCAGAACGAGACGUAAAACCAGUCACUCGUCAUCAGACCAGCUGCCCAGAUUUGCCCACCGGCCACCACAUGACCGUUACGAUGUCAGCACCGCACCGAAAAUCCGUGACUACUAACCCCGUGUCGACGAUGGACUAUUCGGUCAAUGAUGACUUCAGUAAGGGUCCGAAAGGCUCUCAAAGGAAUCUUCCGGCAUUAUUGUCUACUUCCCUGAGCGAAGGUGUAGUUGCCGAAUCUCUUUCAAAGCUUAGUGAAAACAAGCUGGUGAAGGAUAAGAAAAUGGAGCUCGAGAAAAAGCUAGAAAUGCUUCGGAGGAAACACGAAAAAGAAAGACACCGAGUGCAGCACCUGAAAUCCUCGCACGAUUUGGAACGGAUACGAAUGACCAAGUUCUCGAUGAGUUCCCGAUUCGUCAAGCGGCUAUCGAUAAAAAAUAUUCAGGAGAGUAUUUUGCAAAGCAACCAAGAAGCCUCGGAAUCUUCGGAAUGCGAUACGGACAAUUCCACCAGUUCGAUGCCGAGGAUGUCUAGAAGCCAGUCCGAACGGUUGUUGGCCAUAGGCAAAGAGCACGUAGUACAGGAACGRGACCUCCGUGAAAAAUAUCACGAGAUCGUGUUUUCGUCGUUGGAGAAAGUGAUGCGUUCGUCACAAUUGAACCAGAUGAAAAUGUUGCGCGUGCUGUUGGAUAAAGAAACCGCGGAAGUGAUGAAAAAGUUGCAGGACCGCCGGCGACAUGAAAUGAAAUCGUUGGCAAAAAUACACAAGGACAAAGACGAGAUUGGAAGGAUCAAGCGAGAAGUAUCCAGUUCAAUGGUAGAAAAGGGUGUGAAUGAACGGGUGCGCUUGGCUCAGAUCUAUGAGAAGAAGACUGAGGAGCUAGAAAAACAACACGAAGAAAUCAGACAAAAUUUUAAUGAUCUCAAGAAAAAAGCAAAAGCGGAAUUGAUCAAAGARUUUGAGGCCAAACUACAAAAUGUUGAAUUCGGGGUUGGGCCGAGCAUUAAGACCGAGUUCAAACAAUGAUACGAUUUUAAAUUCGUAUAACUAGCUACGUAGUUAGGUACUAGCCACUAAUAACACCUAGUUAAUACAAAAAAGAAAAAUUAUUCUAAUCAGAGGCAAUAAAUAAUAUUAUAAUAUAAUAUGUGAUGCAUUUGAAGAGUAAGGUUAUAGACACUUGCGCUGAUUUCAAUGUCGAUCCUUAAAGACUGACCGAUCGAUUUAACUCGUUUUUUUAGUUUAAUUUGAUUAAUUUUGCCAUUUAUUAUAAUUAUUUUUAAUUUUAACUAUUUGUAUUCUCUCGUUCUGUACAAGUCUUGUGAAUUAAAUUACAACGACCGGUGGUAGUGUAUUAUUGUUAUGUUGUAAUAUAUUGGUUGUAUUUAUUUAUUA